AUGGCUGCCAAAAUCUGCGGUUUCAACUACUUUGUCAAUCCGUCAACGGGCCUGGACACAAACCCCGGGAGCGCUGGACUGCCGUUUGCCUCGCUGCGAAAGGCAAUCGACACUUGCGCAACGACCGGCGACCAAAUCUUCUUGGCGGACGGCACGUACACGGGCGCAGACAACAUUGGUCUGUCGCUGGCGUACAAGACGGUCAACCUCGUUGGCGCGAGCAAGGCUGGCACCGUCAUUGACUGCGGGACCACUCCUGGACCCCUGCUUGUCGUGGCGCUCGGCGCGAGCAGCAUCUCCAACAUGACCAUUGCCAACUGCGCGUCGUCGGGCGCUGCUGGCGCGAUUACCGUCUCUGGCAGCUCGACCAGCGUGGCCUUCUCCAACAUGGUGUUCCGCAAGUGCCGAUCGUCGCUGGUUGGCGGCGCGCUGCAGAUUGCCCUGGCCAACGCCUCGUUCACGGACGUGCUGUUUGACUCGACCUCGGCGCUGAACGGCGGCGUCCUGUACGUGACGAGCUCGCUCUCUGUCAGCCUGAACAAUGUGACCGUCUACAAUGCGACGGGCCAGAACGGCGCGGCCAUCAUGGCGUACGCCAGCACCAUUGUCAUUCGCAACACGAUCGUCCGCCAGUGCGUCGCGUCGAUUGUCGGCGUCAUGUACAUGUCGCUCUCCACCCCAGUCUGGCGCCGGCUUUUCCAUUCUCUCCUCUGCCAUGCUCAACGGCGUGCCGGAUCAAGUGACCAACACCAUCUUUUCCGGCACUCGAACGGCGACCACGGUGCCGUCUACGUCAAGAGCAACGGCACCGUCGUCCUCACCAACUGCAAGUUUUUUGACAAUGUUGCCAUCAGUGGCGCUGGUGUCUCGGUGUCCUUCAACGGCACCGUCACGCUCGACAACUGCGAGCUCCGAGGCAACGUUGCCACCUAUGCCGGCACGGCCCCGUCCGUGACUGGAGUCACGUCGGACGGCGGAGGCGCGCUGAAUGCGGCCAAGGCUGGUGCGCUGUUGACGGUGCACAACUGCGUCAUUGUGAACAACACUGCCCAGCUCGGCGGUGCCCUCCUUGCCAUUAACUUUGCCGUGGUCACCAUCACGGGCGCCAACACGCUGAUUGCCAACAACACGGCAACCUUUAUGGGCGGCGGCAUUUACGUCGAAGACGUUCAAACCUCCGUCACCAUGGACAAUUCGUACAACAUUACCAUGGAGGGCAACACGGCCCUGUACGGCGGCGCUUUUGCCUCGGCCGUCGAUGGAGCGCUUCUGAUGAACAAUGUCAUCAUGCGCAACAACCACGCGCACCAGGGCAGCGCGGGCUAUGUGGUUGGCACGCUGAUUUUGACGCGAGGCUACUUUUCCAACAACCAAGCAACGAUGAUGAAUGGCGGCGUGGUUUAUUACUAUUCUGCGAAUCAUGCGCAAAACUGCUCGACCUGCGUGGUCUUGCCCGACAACGUCGACGACACGAGCGGCACCCCGACGCCUUCGGCCAUCACCAGCGCGCCGAGCCAGCUGUCCGUGUCGUCCAGCAACUUGGACUUUGCCGCUGGCGGCGCCGGCACUCCUUCCAACCCGCUCGUUUCGGCCGACCUGGUGAGCGGCACAACCAUCGAGCUCGACUUGACUGUGCGCGACGCGUUGGGCAACCUCAUCCAGUCGGUCAGCACCAACUACAAGGUCGUCGCGACCCUGAGCCCCAUCUUGAACGGCGCGCUGGUUGGCUACUCUGCCGUGACCUUGAACGCUGGCGCGGCGUCCGUGUCCAUCACCUUUGUGGGCUACCUGAACUCGCCGUUUACCCUUGCCAUCCAGGUCGUGGACUUGUCUGGCGCGCUGCUGGCUUCUGUGGCGCCCUUGACCAUUGCCUUUUCGACGAGCUCCAACUGCGGCGAGGACAAGACGCAGCAACUGACCACCGUGUCCAAUGGUCUCACCUACCCCAUUUGCGUUCCCGCCGAGUUGUCCACCGUGUCCACCUCUGCGUUCAUUGCCGUUCAGGUCGUCACGAGCCUGUGCGCCGUUGGCACCAUUGUCAUUUUCGUCAUUUUGCGCCGCCAUCUCUCGCACAGCUCCAUCCGCGCGUCCAGUCCGGUGCUGUUGCAGUUUAUGCUGGCCUCGACCGUCCUGGUCUACGCGGCCAUCUUUUUGAUGGGCGUGGACUCUGGAUCAGACGACAACUCCCUUGUCAGCCUCUCGACCGUUGCUUCAAACAUUUGCCGCGCCAUCCCGUGGCUCCUGGGUCUUGGCUUUGACCUGGUGUACGGUGCCAUGCUGGCCAAGGCGUGGCGCAUCCACAAAAUCUUCAACAACCGCCUGCGCCGUCGCAUCAUGCUCACGGAUGGCAAUCUGAUCAAGCAUAUUGUGAUUUUCGCCAUGCACGACAUUAUUCUCAAUGCCGUCUGGGUUGGUGUGGAUCCGCUUGGCCUCGAGUACCACGUCCUUUCGUCCUCGUCCUCUGGCACGACCGUCACCAGCCAGUGCCGCUCGGACAACUUUGGCAUUUACUUGGCCAUCUACCUGGCCUUCAAAGGCGCCGUCUUGCUUGCCGGCAUCUACCUCGCCAUCGCGUGUCGCAACGUUGCGGAUCAGUUCAACGAAUCCAAGCAGCUGGGCUUUGCCAUCUACAACUUGACCUUUAUCUCGUGCAUCAUCAUCCCCUUGGUGCUGGCCAUCCAGGCCUCCGCGACGGUCGUCUAUCUCAUUGCCGCGUUCGGCACGCUGCUGGCGUUGGUCAUGACGAUCGCCAUCAUUUUUGUGCCAAAGAUUGUGCUCGUCUACUCUGGCGCCGAUACGAGCGUGCAAAACACUUCGAGCAAGUCCAACGCGACCAUCCCGCGCGUCAAUGUUUCCGAUGCCUCUGAGACCCAGUGGGCCGAGAUUAACGCUCAUCUCUCCAAGCUGAACGCCGCAACCCUCAAGCGCUCGGCGGCCGACUUCAACGAUGCCUUUGACAGCCUCGCCAUUAUUCUCGAGCAUCUUUCCACCGCUUAUGAGGGAUCCGAGAGCCGAUCGCACAAGAGCCAAGGAGGCCCCACCAGUGAACACGAAAUGAAGAGCAAAGUGAGCAACAAGGCGUCGGCUGAGGCAGUUGUGGUUGCUGUUUAA